AUGUAGUAGUUAUAAUUAGGUCCAUAUUCCUAAAUAUUUUUCACCAAAAUUUGAGCUAUGGCAUUGGCCAUUAGAGUGCUUGAUCUCUUACGAGUUCUUUCCAUAAUCAGUUUCUUGGUUCUUUUACAUUUUUUGCAGAAAACCGAUGCUCAAGUGCUAAUUCCUCAAGUUCCAACAUUGAUGAAAUGCAAGUUUGACAAAAUAUAUCAGUUGGGUGACUCACUUUCUGAUACUGGCAACUUCAUUAGAGAGAGCCUCGUUGGAGCUUUUUCUCCCUUUGCAAAACUUCCUUAUGGUGAAAACUUUUUCCAGAACGAAUCAACUGGACGAUGUUCUGAUGGUUUGCUCAUGAUCGAUUUCAUAGCAUUGGAAUGUGGUCUUCCUUUACUAAAUCCCUACAAGGAUCAGAAUGGAAAUUUUACACAUGGUGCAAAUUUUGCAGUAGCAGGAGCUACUGCUUUGCCAGCUGAAAUCAUGGCAGAGAAGAAGAUUUCUAAUUCACUCACCAAUAGUUCAUUAAAUGUGCAACUUGAUUGGAUGUCUUCUCAUUUCAAAUCCGCUUGCUCUACUGAAUGCUCAGAAGACCUAAAGAAGGCACUUUUCCUGGUUGGAGAAAUAGGAGGAAAUGAGUUUAAUUAUGGUUUAUUGCAAGGUAAACCAAUGGAGGAGCUUAGAGCUAUGGUCCCUGAAGUUGUUCAGACCAUUAUCAAUGCUGUUAAAACUAUCAUUGGGUUUGGAGCUGUUCGAAUUGUCAUUCCUGGAAAUUUCCCAAUUGGUUGUAUACCAAAUUUGCUAACAACGUUUUUGACCAAUAAUUCAACUGCGUAUGAUUAUAACCAUUGCUUGAAAGAUCUAAAUCACUUGGCAAUUCUCUACAAUGAUCAUUUACAACAAGUUAUUCAAGAGCUGAAGAAAGGACAUCCAAAUAUUGCAUUGGUUUAUGGUGAUUACUACAAUGCCUAUCUCUGGCUUCUAAAAAAUGCCGCAAGUCUUGGUUUUGACAAGAACUCUUUACUGAAAGCUUGUUGUGGAAUAGGAGAAAAAUAUAAUUACGACAAAAGUAGAAUAUGUGGAGCACCAGGACUGCAAAUUUGUACCGACCCUAGUACUUACAUCAGUUGGGACGGAAUUCAUUUGACACAACAAGCCUACAAGUGGUUGGCAAGAUGGCUAAUCGAUGACAUGCUACCAAAAUUGAAAUGCCAAGCUUAAUUUAGGCUUCCUUUUCUUUUUCUUGGCAAAGUGCAUCAACAGAUCUAUUAAAAAUUUAAAAUAGCCCUCUCAUUUCUUUCUGUGUAUAUAGAGCAAUGCGGAGCGAAGCAAUUGUCAAAAAUUAGAAUGUAUUGAAUCCAUAUCCAUUUACUAGAAAAAGGAUUUAGGAUUUUUCUU